AUGGUGGUGCCAGAAGAUCCUCUGGGCACGCACCUUUUGAGCGAUGCAGCGUCCGCGCCGCUGUUGGUGCUGGAGGCCGCGCACGGCGCCGCGGACGCGCAACGCAGCGCUCCGACGCCGCUUGGCGCCGACGGGCGGUACGCGUUCGACCUGGAGUGCUGCUUCCGCCAUAAGAAGGGACCCGGCCUGGCGCAGGCGCUGAUCAGCGCGCCCAUGGUCAUAAGCGUGCGCCAGCACGUCGCGCCGCCGCCGGCCGCGAGCAGCGCGUCGGGCGGCCUGGUGCCGCCGUCGCCGGCGGCGGCCGCGGCAGCCGCCGCCGCAGCAGCAGCGGCCGCGGCUGCCGCAGCAGUGGCGGCGCCCGUGCUGGCAACUGCAGAGGUUGACCUGCUGCCAUUUGGGCUGGGAAGCAACAGCAUCACGGUCGAGUCGCUGCAGCUUAGGCCCGUCGAGCCUGCGCCGCCGGACGGCGCCGGGUCCGGCGCCGCUGCCAGGGGCGCGGCAGCGCAGCCGCCUUUAUACAGGGUGCUGCCGCGCGCCUGUGACCUGAGUGCCACCGUCUCCCUCCAUCAGUACAAGCCGCCAGCUACCGCACCACCGCCCCAGGCCCCGGCCGCGGCGGCGGGCGCGCCGCUGUCGGCAGCUGCCGCUGCAUCAGCGCCCGCGGCGGCGGCGGCCGCCGCCGCUGCCGCCGCCGCAGCGCCGCAGGGAUUGGAGCCGCUCGACGCUGUGCCGGCCGCACACGCCUCCGGCUGCAACGUGCUGGAGGUCGAGCCCCUCUCCCUCGCCCCUGCGCCUCCGGCGCUUGCGGCGGCCCAGCGCGCCGCGGGCGGCGCGCUCUCCCUCGGCGCCGCGCUCCUGCUGCCGCGCGGCGCGGGGCGGGUCUUGCUGCCGCCGGGCGAGGUCGGGGCGGGGCCGCAGCAGAGGGUGGCGUGGAGCUCCGGUGGCGGCGCCGGCGGGCGCGGCGGCGCGGCGAGGCGGCUGCACUUGACGCCGGACCUGGUUGAAUCCUUGAAGGCGGCCCUCGAGUGCGGCGAGCCGCUGCUGCUGGAGGUCUGCCGGUCCCUGCAGUCAGGGGCCCCUGGUGACGUCAUCACCCCUGCCGUCGGGGGCGCCUUCACCGCGACCGCUGGUGCGGCUGUCGGCAGCGCCGCGGCGCCGGCCCUGGUGGAUCCCUGCUUUGGAGCCUACCACGCGCUCUUCGAGGUGGAAGCUGCCGAGCAGCUGCUGGAGCCGGGGGCGGCGGCCGCGGAGCUGGUGGCACGGCCGCUCGGGGCGUUCGCGGCCGUCGCGGCGGGGCGGGGCGUGGGGGCGUCGUGCCUGCCGCCGCCCAGCGUGCCGCCACCCAAGUGA